UGAGGAGAAAAUAUUAUUAAAAAGUGUUAGAAGAAAAGAUCAACCGCAGAAGAAGAAUUUUAUGAAAGUGACAAAAAGUUGACCAAUUUCCAAAGGUGUAAAAAAGAGUAAAAGAGCAGAAGAAGAAUCCAGCUGUGAGUGUGGUGUCCUGGUGAUUUCGUACAAUUAAUGAGCUAACUUUUUGCACAUUUUGUCUGGUGCCGGAGAGUGUGGUCUGUUCUGGUGAAGCAUUUUCGGAACAAAGUUGUGAACCUUCCCCCCUGCAGUGUGAUAUCGAUUGGGGCGCGAAAUAACAUUGUCGUCACAUACUGUGAAUUGGCAAAAUUGGCGUGUGUGGGAUCGAAAACCUGUGAAAUUCUCCAGAAGGUUGUCAAUUGCUGUUAAGCAGAAGUGACACCAGUUGGACCCACGUGGACGAGUUUCGAUGGGCAUCCUUCUGUUGAAGCCCCACGUCGUCGCCGUUGUCGUGUCUCGUAAUGGUGAAAGUGGUACCGAUGUUUGACACUAGAUGUCGUUAGUUGAAACUGGCACCACCGGACCAAUUGAGAGUGUCAUCGGGUGUAUGUGUGCGCUGUAAUUAAAAGUGAUUGAAGUAAAGUGAAGUGAAGUGUGUCGAUCGAGUUCAGGAAGUUCAGGAGGAAUCGCAAAAUGAUGUCACAACACUUGAACUCGAUGCUCGAGCAUCUCAAAAUGGGCUCGCUGAUGAACAAAGGUCGUAACAACAAUAGCAAUGGGAGUGCUGGUGGUGGUGGCGGUGGCAGUGCUGCCAGUAAUGGCAGUGCAAGCAACGGAACCGUGGCGAACCACAUCGGAAACGGGCUCAACAAUAAUAACAACGGAAGUGUCGGCACCAACACAAACAACAACAACAACCAUGUGACGGGCCUCAAAACCCCGGACAAAAACGGUUCCGCCGUGGCGGCGGUGGACGGAUUCCCCGACCAUCGACCGCAAGCCCCGUCGGAAGUGAUCAAAGUGACACCCAGUGACACGGUGCCUCCUCCCGUAGUGAUGGGUGGUAAAUCUGGCCACGGCGAUGGUCAUCACGCAGUGAGUGGCCACCGGUUCGAACCGGGCCGCAAACGGUGCAGCAUUUCGGUUCACAGUCAGCAUAAUCAGCACCUGCCCGGUGGCGACGGGGGUGGUCCCGGUGGGGGGUCCAACGGGGAUGCCAUCCGACCCGGGGGUUAUCGUGAACUGUCGCCGCAAUCGUUGCGAAUCCAUCGAAAGUCCUCGCACGACAUUCGCAUUCUGGGCGCGGACGGUGAGACGUUGCAUGGGUUCAUGGAAGGUGGCAAGAUGCCCAACGUGGUGAAACCGAUGAAACUCAAGUGUAUUAGCACCAAGGCCGAGUCGUACGACACGCUGCACGGAAGGGCGCUGGAUGUGAUGCACUGCUCGAAGGAGGUCUGCACCGGUAGCGUGAUGCUGCCCAACAUCGUCGGAAUCGAGCCCCGCAAGCCCGACAUUGUGCUGCAGCACGCGAAGGACUUCCUGGAUCAGUACUACUCCUCCAUCAGACGACUCAAAUCGCCCGCCCACGAGGCCCGCCUGCAGCAGGUUCAGAAGGAGAUUGAAGCGUCGGGCAUUUACCAGCUGACCGAGACCGAGCUGAUCUACGGAGCGAAGCUGGCCUGGCGUAACUCGUCCCGCUGCAUCGGACGGAUACAGUGGUCCAAGCUGCAGGUUUUCGACUGCCGUUACGUUACCACCACCAGUGGAAUGUUUGAAGCAAUUUGCAAUCACAUCAAGUAUGCCACCAAUAAAGGGAACCUCAGAUCAGCCAUCACGAUUUUCCCCCAGCGCACGGACGGCACGCACGACUACCGGAUCUGGAACGGCCAGCUGAUUUCGUACGCCGGCUACAAGGGCCCGGACGGCAAAAUCAUCGGCGACCCGAUGCACGUCGAGUUCACCGAUUUUUGCAUCAAACUGGGCUGGAAAAGCAAACGAACCGAGUGGGACAUUCUGCCGCUGGUGCUGUCCGCGAACGGCCACGACCCGGAUUACUUCGACUUCCCGCCCGACCUGAUCAUGGAGGUGCCGUUCAGCCAUCCGACGUUCAAGUGGUUCGCCGACCUGAACCUGCGCUGGUACGCACUGCCGGCCGUGUCCGGGAUGCUGUUCGACUGCGGGGGCAUCCAAUUUACGGCCACGUCCUUCAGCGGGUGGUACAUGUCCACCGAGAUUGGGUGCCGAAAUCUGUGCGACACCAACCGGCGCAACAUGCUGGAGCCCGUCGCGAUCAAAAUGGGCCUGGACACGCGGAAUCCGACGUCCCUGUGGAAGGACAAAGCCCUGGUCGAAAUCAAUAUCGCCGUGCUGCACUCGUUCCAGUCGCGCAACAUCACCAUCGUGGACCAUCACACGGCCAGCGAGAGCUUCAUGAAGCAUUACGAGAACGAAACCAAGCUGAGGAACGGCUGCCCGGCGGACUGGGUCUGGAUCGUGCCGCCCAUGUCGGCGGCGAUUACUCAGGUGUACCACCAGGAGAUGGCCUGCUACUAUCUGCGGCCGUCGUUCGAGUACCAGGAAUCUGCCCUCAAAACGCACAUCUGGAAGAAAGACCGAGGCUCAUCGAAGAACAAAAAGCCCCGACGAAAGUUCAACUUUAAGCAAAUCGCACGGGCCGUCAAAUUUACAUCGAAAUUGUUCGGGCGCGCCCUUUCCCGCCGCAUCAAGGCAACGGUCCUGUACGCCACGGAGACUGGCCGCUCGGAGCAGUACGCCAAACAGCUGGUCGAGCUGCUCGGACAUGCAUUCAACGCCCAGAUUUACUGCAUGUCGGAUUACGACAUCUCAUCGAUAGAGCACGAAGCCCUGCUGCUGGUCGUCGCAUCCACGUUCGGCAACGGAGACCCACCGGAAAAUGGCGAGGGAUUUAAAGAGCACUUGGAUGUGCUAAAAGAGAAAAUGCUUUUCGCGCAAGAUCUGUACGCCAUGCGGCUGCACGAAACAGGCAACAGUCAGGUGCACAGCGAGCUCAGCAUCGCCGCGUCCUCCAAGUCCUUCAUCAAGGCCAACUCGCGCAGUGACAUGAACCGGCACCGGAAGAUCGAUCGGUUGGACUCGCUGCGGGGAUCCACGACGGACACGCUGUCCGAGGAGACGUUUGGGCCGCUGUCGAACGUGAGGUUUGCCGUGUUUGCGCUCGGAUCGUCGGCCUAUCCGAACUUUUGUGCGUACGGGAAGUACAUUGAUAACAUUCUGGAUGAGCUGGGCGGGGAGCGGCUGAUGAGGAUGGCCACCGGGGACGAGAUCUGUGGGCAGGAGCAGGCGUUUAGGAAGUGGGCACCGGAGGUGUUUAAGAUCGCCUGCGAAACGUUCUGCCUGGACCCGGAGGAAACCCUCUCGGACGCGGCCUUUUCGAUGCAAACGGAGCUGACGGAAAACACGGUCCGUUUUGCCCCCGUGACGGAGUACGAGUCGCUGGACAAGGCGCUGUCCAAGUACCACAACAAAAAGGCCACCGAGUGCACGCUGAAGCGGAACGCGAUCAAUCUUCACGAGGGCACCAACGGCAGCGAGCGGUCCACGAUUCUGGUGGAAAUCAUCGCCGAGGGGAUGGCCUACGAGCCCGGUGACCACGUGGGAAUUUUCCCCGCCAAUCGGGCCGAAAUCGUGGACGGUAUAAUCAAGCGGCUGACCGGCGUUACCGAUCCGGACGAGACCCUCCAGCUGCAGGUCCUAAAGGAAAAGCAAACCCAAAACGGUGUUUACAAAUCGUGGGAACAACACGAAAGGAUACCGAUUUGCUCGCUCCGGACGCUUCUAAGCCGGUUCCUGGACAUUACGACGCCUCCAUCACGACAACUGCUGACCUUCCUGGCCUCGUGCUGCCAGGAAAAGGAGGACGAGGAAAGGCUUACGAUGUUGGCGAAUGAACCAUCCGUCUAUGAGGAUUGGCGUUACUGGAAGUUGCCCCACCUGUUGGAGGUGCUGGAGGAGUUUCCCUCCUGUAAACCACCGGCUACGGUGUUCGUGGCCCAGCUGAACGCUCUGCAGCCCCGGUUCUACUCGAUUUCAUCCUCUCCGCGCAAGUACUCGGACGAGAUUCAUCUUACGGUGGCUAUCGUGUCGUACCGGGCGGAAGACGGCGAGGGCGCGGAACACUACGGCGUUUGCUCCAACUAUCUGGCCAACAUGGUGGACAACGAGAAGAUAUACCUCUUCGUACGGAGCGCCUCUUCAUUCCACAUGUCAAAGGACCCCAGCCGACCCGUUAUCCUGAUUGGGCCCGGGACCGGAAUCGCACCGUUCCGAUCGUUCUGGCAGGAGUGGGACACACUCAAGACGGAACUUCCUGAUGUUAAGCUUCCAAAGGUUUGGCUCUUCUUCGGAUGUCGUACGAAAAAGGUUGACCUUUACCGCGACGAAAAGGAAGAAAUGGUCAAGAAAGGGAUUCUGGAUCGAGUUUUCCUGGCACUUUCCCGGGAGGAGAAUGUUCCCAAGACCUACGUCCAGGACCUGGCCCUCACCGAGGCCGAUUCGAUCUUCGACCUGAUCUGGAACGAGAAGGCCCACAUCUACGUCUGCGGCGACGUCACGAUGGCCGAGCACGUGUACCAGACGCUGCGGAAGAUUCUCGCCGGCAAGCUCACGAAAACCGAGUCCGAGAUGGAGAAGUACAUGCUGUCGCUGAGGGACGAGAACCGCUACCACGAGGACAUCUUCGGCAUCACGCUGCGCACGGCGGAAGUGCACAACAAGUCACGUGCCACGGCCCGGAUUCGGAUGGCCUCGCAACCUUCAUAAGCUGGCUGUGGCAUCGUCAACAACAACAACAACAACAACACCAGUCAUCAAUAGGCCUGAUUCUGUAUUCUGGUGCAACGCCGACUCGCACACAAAAGCUCUCUGAAUGAAUAUGUGAGGGGACGUGCUGAGCGCGUCGCGGCUCUAGUCGUUGGUGGGGUAUUGUUGAACUGCCCAAUAGUCAUUGAAGCGAAAUUGAACAGCAAUAUUAAAGCUUUCGUCGAGCAACAGCGUGGAAAAUGAGAAUUUAUAAACACCAAAUGGAAUUUACCACAUCGGUUAUGGUUGGAAUGAAUUUCAAGCAACGCACUAAAGUUUACUCUCAUAAAUGUUAUUGUUUGUUUUUUAAUGAUGUCUAUACAAUUGUUAAGGCUUCCUUCAAAUAUUUUAAAUAUAUCCAUCUUUGUAAAAAGGUAGCAAAACAAUUUUCUUACGCAACUAUCCUUUAAAAAAAUCAGCACCAAAAAAUUCAAAAUACGAAAAAAUAAUAAAUGCAACAAUUUUGAAAAAUUUAAUUCAAACUCCAAUUGACAAAAAACAACAAAUUAAAAUAUAAAUCAAAGCAAAAACUAGAUAAAAUCUCGCACAACUUUUCAGUUAACUGAGCGAAUUUAAAAUUAGCAAAAGCAGCUGAUUGCGAAUUAUUGAUGGGCACUUCCACUUGGAAUAAAGUGAGAAAAGCGCCAGCGCCAGAGCCAAAGUGAUUUACGGGUGAGAAGCGAGAAGAGAAAAAUGUAAAGAAAAAAAAGAUAAAGCGCGGAAUACUUCUAGAAGCAAAAGUUGCAGAUUAAUCGUUCUUGUUAUGUUUGAGGGAUGUGAAAGCAAAUGCGUUUCUUUUUUCAAGGAAAAUCUUUUAGCUUCAAUCGAAAGGGUAACUAAUAGUUCGUGACGGGAAGAUGUUAUAUGGAGAAGUUAAACCCUGGUUUCAUUUGAGGUAAAAAAAACACUGUUUAUUGUGAAACAAUUGUUUCAAACGAUUAUAUUUAAAUUUGAAAAUGUUUCGGUAUCAGCGAAAGAAAAUAUUACGAUUUUUUACUGAAUGCAACACACAUCAGAACCAAUGAAUGUAGUUAUAAAAAUCAAAUCAAUUUUUAUUGUUAAAGAUAAAAUAUGCUAGCAUAUACUAAAUCAAUUUAAGAUAUCCACUCUUCGAUACUACCAAAAUAUCAUUGGGCAGCAAUUUUUUUAAUAAACUUUUUAUAUUGUUUCAAAAUUAAUUGAGUAUUACAUUAACCAAUGAUUUUAAAUAAAUUAAUUUCAAAUGUAAAAAACAACCCAUUUUUUUUAAAUUGUGGCAAUAUUAUUUUUUAUCAAGGUGGAAUUAAUAUUUUUUGAAAAAAAUAGGAUAAAUAAUUUGCACAACCUAAUGACCAUGACUUAUUAUAACAUUCAAUUUAAGUUUUGAACUAGUUUGCUGCUGAGUAAAUUGCUUCUAAAGUUGAUCAUAAUUUUUUAUUCUAUUCACUAUUUAUCUCAUAAAAAAGAAAACGAGAAAAAAACAAACAAAACAUUAUCGAAAAGACUUUUAAUCUAGAUGUGAACAACUAUUUUCGAAUCGAUUCUAUAAACAUAUUUAUAACAGACAUUUGUCAUUAAAACAUUAUGCAAAAAAAACGAAGUAUUCCUAUUUUUAACAAACACCCAGAAAUAAUAC